UGAAUGGCGCCGAUCGUCGCUUGGCUGCUGUGGAGGACUCGUUGACGGAAGACCAUGGGCCGAUAUCGCGCGGCGCUGGUGGUGGGGCCAGUUCGGCAGCCGUUUCGCUUGUGGCUUGUGACCCCGUCGAUUCCGUCGCUCUGGCCCUGGCGCCCCUCUCAUCCGCCGAGCUCGUGCCUGCUGGUGAUCCGGCACCUGCCAGCCCUUCUCAAUCUUCCCCGGCUCCUGCCGAUCGAGCCUCGUUUUCCCAGCGGCAUCCUUCGCCUGUCUCUGCUCCCGGCCAUCGCCCAGGCAUCAGCCCAUCUGGCGUCGCCCUGUUCCUCCACCACAAUUCACCAGCACUCUCCCCAUCGACGAGCCUCGUCUCGCUGAAAUGGCCCCAUCCAAGAAAACCUUCCAGAUCGGCAUCAUCGGAUGCGGCGACAUGGGCAAGUUCUACGCUCGGCAGUUUGUCAAGGCUGGCUGGAAAAAAGUCAAUGUCUGCGAUAUUCCAUCCAAAUAUGAUGCCCUCAAGGCCGAGCUUGAUGGAACUGGAGUCAACGUCUGUCCAGAUGGAUUCUCUGUCUCCCGCCAGAGCGACUUUAUCCUCUACAGCGUCGAAGCAGCCCUCAUCGAUAAAGUCGUUUCGCUCUAUGGACCUGCGACGAAAUUAGGAGCCAUCGUUGGUGGUCAGACCUCCGUCAAACAGCCUGAAAUCGCAGCGUUUGAAAAGUAUCUUCCCUCGGACGUGCAUAUUGUCAGCUGCCAUUCGCUUCAUGGACCCGGAGUCAAUCCCAAGGGACUUCCCCUGGUCAUGAUCCAGCACCGUUGUCCCGACGAAAAGUUUGCGCAGGUCGUCAGCGUCAUGAAGUGCUUCGAGUCGAGCAUGGUGUUUCUGACUGCAGAAGAGCACGACAGGAUCACGGCCGAUACCCAAGCCAUCACCCAUCUGGCGUUUUUGAGCAUGGGCAGUGCCUGGAAGGAGCAAUUACAGUUCCCGUGGGAAAAUCCUCAGUACAUCGGUGGCAUCGAGAACGUCAAGAUCCUCAUGUCGCUCCGCAUCUAUGCCAACAAGUGGCACGUCUACGCCGGCUUGGCCAUCAUGAACCCAAGUGCGCAGCUUCAGGUGCGCCAGUAUGCCAGAAGCGUUUCCGAGCUGUUCAAGCUGAUGAUCCAGGAGCGCGAAGACGAGUUCCGCCAACGCCUCAAGCAGGCAGCCGAUUAUGUCUUUGGAACCGAGCAGCGCCAGCCGAUUCUCCUCUCGGAUGCCCUGCUUGACAAGUUUUCGCUGUCGAGCAUCCCGAAAGACCAGCGCAAAGCGAACUCUCAUCUGUCCCUGUUGUCGAUGGUGGAUUGCUGGUACCAUCUGGGAAUCAAACCAUAUGAACACCUGAUUUGUCAAACUCCUCCAUUCCGACUUUUGCUGGGAAUCACAGAGUAUCUCUUUCGGAAUGUCGACUUCCUGGACUCGGCCCUCACAGCCGCCAUCCAUGACAAGGAUAUUCGCGCGGACGACAUGGAGUUUUGCUCUGCCGCUGCGCGCUGGGCCGAGUGCAUCGAGCAUUCGAGCAUGGACUCGUACCGAAUUCGGUUUGAGCAGACCUCGGACUUUUUCAAGGAGCGUCUCAAGACUGCGGCUCAGAGAUCGUCGGCCUUGAUAGAGUCGAUCAGCCAAAAGACCGUCUGAACUCUUUUGUUUCAUUGGCUCCAUUGCCCCUACCAUUCUGCUCAUCUGCGCCGCGGU